GAUCUGCAUAACACUGUAUUUUAACGCCGUGUCUGGUCGUUGCGGGGCAAAAAUAUUGUGUUAAUCAUGGGUUAGUCGAUCAGGAAAGAAAAAAUGUUAGAAGUAGAGGAUUUUUCGGAGCGUGGAGAUGCUCCGGCUUUGGCAAUCAUUCAGGACAAUGCCAGAAAGAAGGCCAUAAGGCAAGUUGUUGAAACCCAAGAAGAACUCACUCGAAUUCACGAACGGGUUACAAGGACUAUAGACGCGUACGAGCUGAGCGAAAAAUUGUCCGGACAUCAACUCGAUGAGAAAGAAGUCGAACGUAUUGCCGAAGAUUUCAUCCGAGAACAAGCGACUUUGGAAUUUGUGGAUGAUAUGACUCAGCUGCUCAUUAUCUUAUCAGACCCAGUAGCUAAACGAAAGUAUCAACAGCAAGUUGCAGUUUUUAUUGUUGGAUUUGAAAAUCUGUGUGGACGCAGAGCCAGGCUUUUGGCCCAGCUACAAGAGUUUUUCUCACAGAAUGGUAGAAAUGAAGAUCAAUUUGACAUAGAACCUCCAGACUUUGACAUUGAAGAUGUUGGUGCACAAGUCAGAGAUGCCCUGGACAAAGCAGAAAAAGCAACUGAGAGACUGGCUACAGUCUCAAAAGAUGUUAUCAAAGCUUUAGAAAUAGCAAAUCCAAAAGAAACCAAAAAGGGAAAAAAGAAACUUGAGCGAGCUCUUCAGCAGGCACAGCAAGAUAUUUUGUCACUGACUGAAAAACUGAUCAGAGUACAAAAUGAUCUUGAAGAAAGUGAAGGCAAGAUGUCCCAAAUGUACAAGUCUAUGGAGAUGAAACAAGUGGAAAUUGAAAGGCUUAAGGUUCAAGGGGAGAAUGCAAAGAAAGCUAAUGAAACAAUCAAAGAGUUGAAAGUGGAGCUUACUGUCAAAGAUACAGACCUUCAAAGAGCCAACAAGACGAUUCAAGAACUUGAGCUAAAUCUAGCUCAUUUAGAGGAUAAGCAAGAGAGAGAUUUUGAGAGAAACAAAAAAAUGAAAGAGGAAAACCAGAAAUCUAAGGAUACAUAUGAAGAAAAAAUUCGUGAUCAGCAGCAGUAUAUAGCAGAUCUGAGAUCAGAAUUGAAGCAACAUUAUGAUGAACAGGUCAAGGAAUUAGUGGGUGGCCAUCAGAGAGAACUGAGCCAAAUUCGGAGUGAUCACAAGGUUGAGCUGGAUAGGAUGCAAAAGGCACUUGAUGUUGCAAGAAGAAAAAGUGAAGAGCUUAAAACUGAGUUGUCAGAUUCCAGCAAGCGCAACUCAAUAGCAGCUGACUCUGGAAGCAAACGAAGUAGUCUGUUUUCACCAGAGAGUGAUGGUGGAGAAUCUCCUCGAAAACUAUCAAUGAAGUCUUCAGCUCAGGCUGUUAGAUUCUUGAACAAGGGAAAACAGAGUUUGAGUGAUGGAGGAUCAGCUUCAGACCAAAGUGACAGUUCUUUAACACCAAUAAACAAGUCAACAACACCAACCCAAACAUCACCGUCUGUGGAGAUUACUCAAGAGAAGGCUGGUGAAAGCCCUUCACGAAAGUCUUCUCUUUCCCGCCAAGAAUCAAAAACUGACAGCAAAAAGAGCAGUGCUAAAGAGAAGAAUUCUGCAGGAACACCAGAAAAACAGUUGAAAUCAAAAUCCCCUGAUAAAACACCAGCUGCUGUUGAACCCUUUGAGAAAACAGAAACAUCAGGUGAAAAUUCUGAAGUGAAACGGACUGCUACAGCAGAGACAACAAAUAGUCAAGUAGGCAUUGUGAAAGUCGAGAUGGUCGACAUUGGUAUUCAAAGUGAGACAGAAGAUUUAAGUGAUAACGAAACUGCUGCACAGCAAACAGGAAGGAGGCCAACCAUGUUGCAAGUUGUUCCAGAGGUUGAGGAGGAACACGAACAGGACAAUGAAUUGGAGUCGCAAUCUCAAGUUUAUCUCAUAAAGAAACUAGAAGAUUACAAGGCUAAGGCACAGGAAAGGCAGAAAAAAUUGGAACUAGAGCUUGCUGAAUUGAAGAACAAGUAUAUGAUGAAAACCAAUUCUUUGAAAAAGCAAAAUGAGGAAGUUCAGAACAAUUUUAUGAAGGAAAAAGAAGUGUUGCUCAGUAGGAUUAAAGAUGCUGAGUUACUGAAGGAACAAGCAGAAAAAGAGGCUGAACUGGCAGUUCUGCAGCUGGAAGAGUUCCUCUCCGAACAGGAGGAAAUGAGGCAACUAAAGGAGAAAAGUUUACACGAUAAACAUGAAGAACAGACAAUGACGGGCUUGUCACUUUACGACAGACGUGAAGAGGAAACCAUGACAAGCAACUCGAUAUUUGACAAACAAGAGCAAGAAACCAUGACUAGUAAAUCCCUGGCAAACAUGCGUGAGGAACAGACUAUGACCUCCAUGUCCCUGGGGACAGACCAAGAACAGAUCAGCGAUUCAAAGAGGCAUCAAUCCGUUGGGAGUCAGUCGUCGCGUCAGUCCUCUGCUCAUUUGAUGGACAGUGUAACACAGGAUCAAAGUGCUGAAAGAGGUCUGAGUCCACGUGACAGUGGGUUUGAUGGAGCGGCCUCAAGCCUCAAGUAUGACUCCAGACCGAGUUCACCUACCGUGAAGUUUUCCGUAGAUGAGCAACGUCCUCGAGAAUCGAAACCAACAAUGCUGUCUCCCCCUCAGCAGACAAGACCUGCUAUGAGUGCUAGGGCUCGUAGGCGACUCAUAAACUCUGCUCUCGGCGAUCACCCAGUGGCUCAAGAGACAUUGCGGACAUACCAGGCAGUCCUGCUGUUUAGUCGUAACAUAACGCAGUGGUUGGACCGCGAAGGGCUUAGUGAAGAAUCUGAUCUGUUGAAACGUGUACAGCCUGUGGUUCUCAACCAGGAAGACACCAUGGAGAUAAUAGAGAGUCUGCCGGAGAUACGUAGCAGUAUUGACCAGAUUCUAAAUCAGGUGGGCAGUGUUUUGUCCAGUCAACAUCUCGCACGAUCCAAACCUGUGGACACGAAGAGUGUAGGACUGAAUCCCCCGGAACCGAAAACGCGGCAAGAAUGGAGACCGAAGAGUUUUAAGAAGGAAGAUUUAGGAGAUACAUCAAGCAUGGAAUCCAAUUACGUCAAGCUGCUGAAGGAGUACAACGAUUUGGCCGAAGGUUACGAGCGUCUUCAACGACAUCUGGAUGAAGAAACCAAGUUUCACCAGGAACAAACCAGUCAGAAUGUAGCAGUCAUGACAGACAUGCAGGACACGAUCACGCAGCUGAGGAAUCAGCUGGCAGAACUGAGGAGCAUACGGUCCGCUUCAUCGGGGCGCGCAAGUUCUUCCAUUAUGUUCACACGACUCGAUGCAGAAAGAAACGGGAAGAUCCUCAAGCGAGCUGUCAACGAGAGGCGACUGUCCGACAGCAGUUUCUCUGUGAUCAUGGAACGCAUGGAUAAUUAUGUUAGUUUACCGGCCAAGAGAUUAGCGCAUAUUGUCAGGCGAUAUAGUCACCACCGAGCUAUGAAAAACAUUGAGCAAAGUUUACAACGAAGUGGUAGUCUUGACGAAAGCGUGUUUUCAACCCUGGAUAAAAUGGAAGCUUUACAAAACACACGCGCUCAGCGAUGGGGCAACCAAAUGGACAAGUAUGCGUUCGAGCGUGAGCAACUUGCACAGCAGUUAACGUCCUGUUUUGAAAACCUGGAGCAAGAGACAGGGAUCUUUCUUAUAAAACCUGUUUAUUCUCUAAAAGGAAGAUCUGAAGUGAAUGGUGGGCAUGUUAUUGCCCAGAGAAACAAACCCUCCCCGGUACCACCUAAGCCUAGUGGUCCAGCAACCCCUGCACCAACUCCAUGGCAAAAUUAUGGGUCCAAGGCACCAAUAUCGGCAGGGCUCUACCGUGACCUGACACAAAGCUCCCUCGCCAGAGCUGCUUCCUCAAUUCCUGCCGUGGCUCAGUUAGAAGAUGGGACAAUUAGGAUGAGAGUCACACAGCCCAUGGACAAAGAGGGCCUGUUAAGCUCUUCCGCUGGUGUAACAUGGCAGGCGUCCAAGUCCCAAGUGUUGGGUUCUCCUUCAGCUGCUGUGCAAAUUAACACGUCUAGAAUUCUAGAGCUUGAUGUUAAUCGAAUGAUGAUAGGACAGACAGAUGUGAGUAAGCACAUUUACCCUCCCGAUGACUCUGGUGAAAUGACAGGCUCCGCUGUUAGAAGUUAUGUUACAGUGGAGCGACCAUCAGGCGGUAAACAAAUCCGAAAAGCCAAGCAAGCUAACCUAGCAUUGCAGAGUUAUUCUCCACCCAAUAGUGCUCCAGAUAGCAAGCCUCAGGGCCGUCCUCAGAGUGGUCCUCAGUUGACACAUUACUCUCCUCUCCCUCCCAUACACAUGCCUAAGUUACGCCAGGAGUCUCGGUCAGGCAAGUCACUUGAGAGUGAGGCUGUAACCCAUUCAGAUGCUGGGACUCCUGUGGCAGGGACCAAGUUUGAAGGCACCAGGCCCAGUACAGGUGGAGCCCAUAAUGGACAAGACAAUCAUAUAGGACUUAUCUCUCCUGAGAUUUUACCUGUUAGAUAGCGAAGUUUGAACCUCGAUUGUUUCUGAAUAUUUAAAUAGUAAGAAAGAGAUGUAGCAUGACUCUCAGAAGAAAUUUACUUUAUCGUCAGAGUUUAGUUAUCUAAAUAUUAUAAGAUUUCUUGCGAUUUUAUUUUUCGCCUUGGAAAGCGGAAAGGAAUAAGAAUUGGGCCAUAUUUGCCCACCGUUAAAUAGGAGUGGUAUGUAAGACACCAUUUUACGGAAUAUUAAUCUCUACCAUUUUGAAGUAUGUGUAAAAAUCUACUUCUCACCGUGGUUUGAGAUUUCAAAGAGUUACAUGUCCUCUUGGAAGUUGUCCUAAAAACUGACAAGAAUUGCUAUUGCGGACAAACAGAACUCAUUAACCUGGCAGCACACUUACAAAGUCGCAGACUUCAACUCAGAUUGAGGGUACUACAACGCACGGUUCACAAACAGCCGUUGCCUUGGUAGUCGCAAAAACUCCUUGUUUGAGCCAACAAUGCCUUUUUUUUGUAACUAUUAAUAGUUAAAAAAGAUGGCAAGGAAGAAAAGACUUUAGAGAAAAGCGGCAGGUUGCUGAGAAAGAUUUCUAAUAAGGGCGUCUGAAGCGAAUUUUCGACUCUUUCGAAGGCAAAUAUCAUAGUGUUAGGAGGGUCUUAAAGAGGUGAAAACGCGCUCAGUGUCGAAAUUGUAUAUACAAAGGUUUCAAGGGAGUGAGUGUGUAAAAUUAUUAAGUUUAAAGGGAUCUUUGCUAUGGAAUACUUUUUGACACUUGUGUGUAGAAAGAGGAACGAAACUGUUCAGGCAGUAGCUUAUAUCACUCUACUGGAUCAAAUCUUCUGGAGACUGUAAAUAUAACAGUAAAAGAUAACAUAGAAGACUAUUAAAUAGGAAAAAUAUCAUUGUAAUUGAUGCUGAUGUUAUUGUGAUAAGCCUUCUAAUCCAAUGUACUGAAGAUAUAUAUGGCUACCACUUACACCAGUUUAGGCAAAAUAACCUUAACGGUCACAGUGCAAGAAUUGCACCCGCCAUCAAAUCUGAGGAGUAAUAAGUGAUAAGUAUAACCAUUACUGUGCAGGUCUGAGUGUGCUUCGAAGAAUCACGAUUGAAGCCCUUUUUUGAACUCACUUAGUGUUACCUUGGUUGUAAAUCGAACCACUACACAGAAAAACUGAAAGGUGUUAUUGAAAAGUGUACUUACAAACAGCAACUUGAUAAAUGAUAAGAAUUAAAUGAUACAUAGGUUUAAAAUAUAAACAAGCAAAUUUGGCCUGCGACGGAAGAAUGUUAAGAGACGAUUAAAGGAUGAGAUACCAAAACAAGAUCGCUAA